UCAAAUCCAGGUGAACCUAACAUUGAAUUAUGAUAGAUUUCACAUUGUCUUCAGUUUUCGAAAGGCAAUUUUUAACGACUCUACAAAACUCACCAAUUGAGAAUUCUGAAUAGUGGAUCAUAUAUUCGUGAGAAACUGUUUUAAGUUGAUAGACCCCAUAUUAGAUUCAGUUCUGAAGAAAUUAUUGGUGCUGAAAAAUGCAGGAGGGAAAACCUGACAGGAAAUCAAGGUCUGCCAUGAGCACCCAAGCUGCCGAAGGGCCAAGAGCGACCCUUUCCGGCACUAAUGCCACUGCUUUAAAGCGUUUGAGCUCCAGAGACAGAAAGGACAAAUCAAAGGAGAGGAAAAAGAGAAGACGAAAAGAAGUGGAAAUCCAUAGAAUACCUGGCGUAAGACGUAUCGCUUUAUCAGAACUGAGCCAGAAAAUAAUAAAUUGCGUUGUGGGAGAGCACAUAACAUCCGAAAAGCCUUGGACUUUAGUCAAGAAGGAGUUGAUCGAAGACAACUUGGAAUUGCACGAGGAGAGUUCAGAAUUUCUACCAAUCAGAAAUGAAAUUAUCGCUUUUCCGCGAAAAGAGAUGCUUAUCGGUUUCAUCACCGAGGAAGCCGGGGAAAUAGACGAAUUUUAUAUAUGCGUAACUGAAGCCGCAACAGAUGCCGUCCAAACCCUGAUCAAUGAACAGCAGGCUAAACAAGAAGCUAGACUACAGAAUUCAAUCAACAAGGUCAUAAAAUCAUGGUUAACCUUAGGGUCGGAAGCUGAAAUAGACGAAACGAUACCCAAAAAGAAUAGGGCGUUGUUGGAGGUUGAAAUAGAGAGUAAGUACCCGAUAUUACCUUUCAAAAUUCAGUUCCGUCUGAGAACUGUCGAGAAAGCUAGGGAUGGGUAUAUGGAACUGAUCACUAAAGAUGAAACUAUGAGUCACGUUUUUCGGAAGAGAAUCGAUAACGACACCCAAGUAACGCCAGCUUUUCGAGACAACGAGGCACAAACCAUCUGUACAUACCCUUCAAACGCAUCAACGCAAUACGAGUACUGCAUAGAUAUGGACGAAAUUGUUUGGCGCAGCUAUGGCGGUAAAAUCCUGAACUAUCUCAAUAAGAACCUGAGCGAUCUCAUGAAUUCCCUUUCCGUGAACAGGAACAUAAAUCUGUAUCUCGACGAAUACCAGAUUUUAGGAACAAACACUAUCACGAAGAGGUCACUUCUUUAUCUGAAUUUCAUAGAGUAUAUGGCAUUCAAUGAUGUACAGUUGUGCAAGGGUAAAAUGAUUUCUUGUGCUCAUUGGCAUCAGAUGAUCACCGGAUUGGUAGCUAUAUCUUAUGCGGAUUUAUCGUUGAAUAUUUUUUUGAAGAAACCGUCGACAAUAGACGAAGUAUCACAGGCAAUCAAUGGAACAAACCCAGUUCUCAUUUGGAGUUUCGUUGAUCCCUUGAAUCCCAGAUUGAUAUUGGAGACCCAUAGAGAAAUAACAACUAUAUCCAUCUGUACAUUUAACGAGAAUUUAGUAGUAGGAGGUGCAGUGAACGGACAAAUCGUCUUGUGGGACAUAAAGAACAGGAUACAAAAAGUGGAGGAGCAAGAGAUAUUGACUAACGCACAAACUAAGUAUAGAAGUUACAUGAAAUCUCUCAUGACUUGGAUGAAGGAUAUUCAUGAUGUUAAAGUGGUCAGGGCAACAGCAGUAUCUGACUUGAGACAUUCUCACUCUGGUGCUGUUGUUCGCAUUCAGUGGAUAUCACCAUUUGAGGAAGUUGGAAGGAUGGGGAAAGCCCACCAGUUCUUUGAAGACACAGAGGAAAGAUCGUUGCAGUUCAUGACUGCUGGAGAAGAUGGGGUAGUUAUGAUUUGGGAUCUCUUGAAAAAACCCACAGUUGGUAGUGGGGGCUUCAGGGAGCGUCGACUGAAGAGGUUGAAACAAAGACCUGCUGGAUUAAGUAGUGAGGUUUCACCGUUCAGAGUAUUACAUCUAAAUUUGAAACCGGUCUACCAGAUAAACUUAGUUCAUCCAAAAGAGUCACGCCUUCUUCCAAUUUCCAUGAUGAACUAUAUGAAUCAGGAGAUAGUGUACGAGAAAACCGACUCUUUGUCAGCUAGUGCGCAGAGUAUUUGUGCUAGGCAAACGUAUCAAGCUCGUCCCGUAUACCUCGAUCGACCAUUCGUGUCGAAAUUUUUGAUAGGUACAAUGGAAGGAGAUUUCGCUGAAGCCCAGUGGGAAGGCAGAGAUUUCGAUCUAGGUGCUGUCGUUAAUUCUGAAAACUGCAUGUAUAUUCAGUUCAAUAAGUUUCACGAUGGGCCAAUUUUCACGAUCGCUAAACAUUCCUCCGAAAAACUGAAGCUUACUGCUGGUGGUAAAGUGUUUGCCAUUUGGUCUGAUGAUUUCAGGGAACAUCCGAUAUUUUGGAGGCGCUCCAAAGUGUAUUACACUCACGCAUCUUGGUAUAAAUUUUUUCCUAACAGAUUUCGCCUUUUACGUUCCGACGGAGUGUUAGAAAUUUGGUGUAUAUCAACAUGUAGCAAGAAACCAAGCCAUUCUAUGCCAGUAUCCAGCGGUGAAUUAGUAUCAGCCAAUAUUCAUCCAAGGGACCUGAAGCAGAGCUGUUUAGGAAUCAGCGACGCACUUGGUAAUUUCCGAAUAUUCUGUUUGAGAAGGGAAGACGCAUCCAAGGUUCAGAACGCCAUCUUAGAAGAGAGCAUAGUGGACUACAUCGAUCGAGAGGUCAAACGUAAGAAGAAAUUUUUGGCAUGGCAGAAGGAAUGGGACGAAAAAUAUGCCAAGAAAUUAGAAGUACCGAUUGUUGUCAAACCGAAAACGUCUGAAGAACUCCUGAAAGAAGCACUUGAGCAGGCAGACACCGAAGCAGAAAGCAAGAAGGAAGAGAAGAAAGAUAAAGUUAAAUUCACCGAAGAUGGCGGCGAGAAAAAAAAGGAUAGACCUGCGCCUGGUCGGUAUCUCGAAUGGGUGAGAGAAAAAGAGCUAGCCAAGGAACAAGAAAGAAUUAAAAAAAUGAUAUUGAAGAAGAAGAGUCUCGACACUGAAGAACUGGAGAAACAACGUAAACCCUUACUCAAAUUGGAGCAAGAAAAUGAAUUGAGGAGGAAAAAACAAAGGGCCAGGAUAAAAGGCUCCGAAACUAUUUUCAAGGAAACUGUAGCCAUGCUUUUUCCGGCUAUAGUGAAAGAGAAACCUCCCCCACCUCCAGAUCCUUACGCAGGGGGAGAUCCAAUUGAAGACAAACGAAAAUGCUAUGCAUACUUCUCGGAAAUAACUGAUCAGGCAGAGAGAUACAUGAAGAAUACAAAGGUAUCACUUGAUUUUAACUGGACGUCUGUUUUGAAAGAAGGCAGAGGACGAAGGAAAUAUUUAGAUAACACUUUUGCCAAAGCCACUCACCAUGAACGAUAUGAAAGUUAUAAAUCAACGAGAAUGGAUAGAAAGGUACCCCAAAUUGUGACCAAUCUUGCAAGUGAAGUUGAUCAGACAAGUAUGAAAGACGAGGGAGACGAUGAUGCUGAAGAAGAUGUGGAUGAUAUAGAGCCUCCAACAGAUGCAUGAGAUAGUUCGAGAAGUUGUUUGAGUUGAAUGGAUGCCUACAAUAUUAUGGAGUGUAGUGUAGUGUCCUUAAUCUAGAGUGUACAAUUAUCGAAGAUUCAUGAUAUAUUUUUGAUUUUUUAUGUAUUUGUAAUUCAAAAU